GCUGCCGGUGGCCCUCCGCCACAGGAGCCGUGGGGCCAAGGCCCCCGCCGCCAGCGAGGGACAGCUCGCAGGAGGCAUGGCGGGGCUGCGGGCCAGGCGGGGCCCCGGGCUGCUGGCGCUGUCUGCCAUCGGCUUCUGCCUGAUGCUGCAAGUCGGCGCCAAGAGGCCCCCCAAGGCGCCCCCCUGCCCGCCCAGCUGCUCCUGCACCAGGGAUACCGCCUUCUGCGUGGACUCUAAGGCAGUGCCCAGGAACCUGCCUUCCGAGGUCAUCUCCCUGACCCUGGUGAAUGCCGCCUUCUCAGAGAUCCAGGACGGAGCGUUCUCCCACCUGCCACUGCUACAGUUCCUGUUACUCAACUCCAACAAGUUUACGCUGAUUGGAGACAACGCCUUCACAGGACUGUCGCACCUGCAGUACCUCUUCAUUGAGAACAAUGACAUCUGGGCACUAUCCAAGUACACCUUCCGAGGCCUCAAGUCCCUGACACACCUUUCGCUGGCCAACAAUAACUUGCAGACGCUGCCCAGAGACAUCUUUCGGCCCCUGGACAUCCUAAAUGACUUGGACCUGCGGGGCAACUCGCUCAACUGCGACUGCAAGGUGAAGUGGCUGGUGGAGUGGCUGGCACACACCAACACUACGGUGGCGCCCAUCUACUGCGCCAGCCCGCCCCGCUUCCAGGAGCACAAGGUGCAGGACCUGCCGCUGCGGGAGUUUGACUGCAUCACCACGGACUUCGUGCUGUACCAGACCCUGCCCUUCCCCGCAGUGUCGGCCGAGCCCUUCCUUUACUCCAGCGACCUCUACCUGGCUCUGGCCCAGCCAGGGGUCAGUGCCUGCACCGUCCUCAAGUGGGACUAUGUGGAACGGCAGCUGCGAGACUAUGACAGAAUCCCAGCCCCCUCGGCAGUGCACUGCAAGCCCAUGGUGGUGGACAGCCAGCUGUAUGUGGUCGUGGCCCAGCUGUUCGGUGGCUCUUACAUUUACCACUGGGAUCCCAACACCACGCGCUUCACCAAGCUGCAGGACAUCGACCCGCAGCGCGUGCGCAAGCCCAACGACCUAGAGGCCUUCCGCAUUGAUGGCGACUGGUACUUUGCCGUGGCUGACAGCUCCAAGGCAGGCGCCACCAGCCUCUACCGCUGGAACCAGAAUGGCUUCUACUCCCACCAGGCCCUGCACGCCUGGCACCGUGACACUGACCUUGAGUUUGUGGACGGCGAGGGCAAACCACGGCUGAUUGUGUCUAGCAGCUCCCAGGCGCCCGUCAUCUACCAGUGGAGUCGCACCCAGAAGCAGUUUGUGGCCCAGGGGGAGGUGACCCAGGUGCCUGACGCCCAGGCUGUGAAACACUUCCGUGCCGGCCGAGACAGCUACCUGUGCCUCAGCCGCUACAUCGGGGACUCCAAGAUCCUGCGCUGGGAGGGCACCCGCUUCUCCGAGGUGCAGGCCCUGCCCUCCCGGGGCUCGCUGGCCCUGCAGCCCUUCCUCGUGGGUGGCCGCCGCUACCUGGCGCUGGGCAGCGACUUCUCCUUCACCCAGAUCUACCAGUGGGACGAGGGGAGACAGAAGUUUGUACGGUUCCAGGAGCUGGCCGUGCAGGCCCCUCGGGCCUUCUGCUACGUGCCUGCUGGGGACGCCCAGCUGCUCCUGGCCCCCAGCUUCAAGGGACAGACGCUGGUGUACCGACAUGUGGUGGUGGAUCUCAGUGCCUAGGGGUGUCCGAGGCCUCUGGGCUCCUCGGGGUGGCCUCUGGAGGCUGGGUGGGGGACUCCAUGAGCAGCAGAUGUGCCCGUGUGAAGACACACGUGGCCAGCCUAUACCCGAGCCCUUGCAUACACACACCCGGUGGGCACGACACACCCCAUGUACUGGCCAGGGAGACAUUUAUCACCUCUGUAGUCAGCAUGAGCACCUGUAUACGCACCGGGCACACCCAGGACCCCUGGCACCCAGUGUCCCUCACCCCACCCGCAGGCCCCCUUGCUCUGCUUCCCUGCCUCGUACAUAUUGGUGGUGCCAGGGGGUUGCUGGGAAGGAGGGGACCUGCCUGUCCUCAGGCUUGUCCUUCUGACCCUCUGGUCUCUCCUGUCGGUGCUCUGGGUGUUUGCUUGUCUGCCCGUGUUCCCCACUGCAGCCCGUGGCUGCGCUGGGUGCACUCACCCCUGCCCGCCCCUUCUGCACGCACUCGGGGACGCUGACAGACACUCAGUUCCACGCCUGUCUACGCUCCUGUCGCCGUACACUGUAUGAACAGGUCAAGGCGCGUGUGCACACAUGCAGAUUCAGCGCAGUCUGGAGGGGCCCCCUCUGUUACCUCGCCUCUGUGCUUGGAGGGGCCGCAGUACCCGGCCCUCCUUUGCCCAUCCCCGUGUGCCCAUGCCAUAGCUGAUAAGGAUGGGGAUGGUGGUGCCAGCCUCGGAGUGCCAGCCUGGCCUCCUGGGAGCAAAGCCCCUCUGCCCAAAGCAAUAAUAACGGCCCCAGCAGAGCCUGGGUGCUCUCCUGUGCUGUCUGUCUCUGUUGUCACUGCAGUUUCCUUUGUCAUCCCGAAUCCCAGCUUACCUGUGGAGAGGAGGGCCCCCCAGCUGAAAGCCUUUCUGCUUUUCUUUCUGUAGCUGUUGCUUCCUCAGGCUGGGACCAUCCCCUGGUUCCCGCAUCUUUUGGGAUUGUGGCUCCUUGGGUGGGUACAAGAGUUGGCCAAGUUCAAGUGCUGGGAAGCUGCAAGCACCCGAGCCACCCAGGAGAGUUGCCAGGAGUGGACUUGGCUUGAGGGCGUGUUGGGGCCCUGGCACCCCGGGAGCGCUGCCUUUCAGAGGACGGGGUGAGGGGCCCGUGGGCGGAGCCCCUGGAGCCGACCGUCUGCUGCCCCCUGCUGUAUGCUGGGCAUGGACUGCU